AUGAGAGCCAGCGUAAGAGUGAUGCUGCUGCUCCUGGCAGCGACGGUUUGUGUGUCAAACGCUCAAAACAACAACAGCAGCAACGACAACAAACAGCAGCAGCAGCGCAGCAUCUGGGAUGAGCCAAUCCGCUUCAGCACCAAGACCAAGGACUCCUGCACCAUGGUGGUAUCUGGAGCUGGGGACUAUACUCGCCUGCGUGUCUCCUGCAAAGGUCCAAGCCAAGGCCAGAACCCAGGACGCUCCUACUACUGCGACUUCCAGGGCAAACCCAACCUGUGCCGUGCCUACAACCUCAACCCUCGCCACUUCUUCACCCAGAUGAUGUGGGACAUGAGAAAGCUGAGCCACGCCUGCCAGGGGCCCAGAAUCUACCGCCCACAGAUGUGUAAGAAAUACCCCGACGAGGCCCAGAUGACCUUCCUGGCUUCUUGGCCCAAGACCACCACCCCCAAACCCUCCAAGCCCGUCCAGGAGCCACGCAAACCUUCAGUGCCUUCCCAGUCCAAGCCUGUCACUACUCCUAAACCUGUCAAGCCUCAGCCACAGCCCGCCAAGCCCCAGCAGCCAAACAAGGGCACACAGAGCAAGAAAACUACCCCUAAGCCUGGGAAGACCACUACUCGUCCCACAGAGCAGCCUGACUCCAAAUCUUCCCGCAUGGCCUCAGAGUACUGCUGGAAGAGCUUCCACGGCAUCUGCAGCUACUUCAUCAGCUGGUUCCAAAACUGA